CGUCUGUCAUAUUGCGACGCAAAGGGAAGAGAAGAUAAACGGAUAAAUAUAUCACUUUUCCCAACGGAGGAAACACCCCUUUAUUUUGAAUUAUAAAUGAUAACAAUGCCUGAUAUCACUCAGGUACCUUUAAUCCUAAAAAACUAGCCGCCGUAUUGUGUUUCGCUAGCUGUUUUGCUAGCUGUUUGUUUAGCUAGCUGCUAUCACGUCGCUAUCUAACGGCUCCCCAAACACACCGCCUUUGUGGCUAUGAGUACGGAUCUACUAUCUGAUUUGGACACUCGUUUCUUCGCUGAUAACCUCCUGACAAGCGAAGACUGGGAUGCCUGCCUGUACCAGUGUGAGAGCAUGGAGGAGGGGGAGGACGCGGACUUCAGCCGGGGGCUGAAAUACGAACCCUCGUUUGACAACGACCUCGUGCUCACCCUCGAUCCUGACAAUCCCACGUCGCCAUGGCAACACCUUGACGAUAACCUGCUCACAGGAGAAGCUCCCGUGAUAAAACAUGAGAUGACCAUCACUCAGCCGUUACCCGUGGAAAUGUUGUUUCGGGUGAAAGCUGAGCCUCCCUCCCCGGCGUCCUCCCUCGCGUCCGACUGCUCCGCGUCAUCUCCGGACCCCCAGAUCACAGUUAAAGGUGAAAACCCUCCGACUCCUCCGUACAUGUACGGAGACGUGCUGUCCCCCCCGCUGGGCUCCCUGGAGGUCACCGUGGCAACAAGCGCCGUACCCCGACCACAGACGCAGCUCCAGACGCCGCCACCGGCCCAGAUCCCGGCGGUCAUCGGUGGGAUCCAGACGCAGGCUGCAGGUAGGCCCACACCUGGAGUAUCAGAAAGUGCUGCAGAGCAAGGAAGACCAAAGCCUCAGUUAAGGCCUUUCUUUACAGUCGACCUAGUGGCGUCACUGGGCAGCGACUCGGCGAGCAACAAGCGAGCCGUGUGUGUCAUGGCCGUCCUGCUGUUCAUGACGUUCAGCUUCGGACCCGUCAGCAUCACAGACAGGAAGCUGUCGGACCUGCAGGACAGCGUGGUGUCGUAUACGGGGCGACGGCUGCUGGAGUUUGAAAAACAACAACAACAACAACAACAACAACAACAUAAGCAGCAGCAGGCGGCGGCUAAGCCAAUCAGAGUGGAGGACCGAACGGAAACAGAGGAGGACGCAGGAGACGAGGCUGCCGAGGCUUUUCAGUUCAGGAACCUGAGCGAUGUGUUCAGUGACAUGAAGGAUCUCGUGCUGCAGGACAUCGACCGAUACUUCAGCUCCUCCGACUGCCGACAGUUCAACCGCUCCGAGUCUCUCCGGCUGGCAGAUGAGCUGCGGGGUUGGGUCCAGCGACACCAGAUCGACAGGAAGAAGUCUGGAGGGAAACCCAAAACCGCCAAGAAGGCCAAAAUCGCCCAGAAAGCUCAGCUGAGGAAGACGAACUUCUCCAGAUAUCUGCCGAUUCAGGCUCACCGCUCCUUAGAAAGUCAGCUGCAGGUGCUUCCUGGUCCUGAGGUCACCUACAGCGACUUCAUGGACGCCAUCGACCGCAGAGAGGACACUUUCUACGUCGUCUCCUUCAGACGGGAUCACCUGUUGUUACCGGCCAUCAGCCACAACAAGACCAGCCGGCCCAAGAUGUCUCUGGUGAUGCCGGCCAUGUCCGUGAACGGUGAGUAGAGGCAACGCUGAAUGGAA